AUGGUUCCUUCAUUCUUCGUGAUCCUGCUCGACCCAUCCGCCCUUCACCUGCCAUUGCCACCUGAUGUUGUCAGCAGGCAUUUGGAGAACAAAAUCCGAGAAGGCCCAGUGAUUGUAUCUGCAAAUGGAGGGUACUGGUGGAGAUUGAAGAUAAAAGAAAUCAAUGGUAGUUACUGUUUUGCCAAUGGAUGGCACAAUGUGGUUCAAGGUAUCAAGUUGGGUCAUGGUGAUUUUCUCUACUUUCAGCCCCUUGAUCAAUCUACCUUAAGAAUGUCAAUCCAUAAUCCAAAUGGGUGUGAAAAAGUUCUACCACCAAAAGUAGAACAUGUUAUUGAAGUUGAUGACCAACGCGAAGGCGAUGAUCCUUACUUUACGUUUAUUAUCACUAAAACCUACACAAACAUGCUGCGAUUCCCGGUGGAUUUUGCUAAGUUGGCGGGAAUGGAAGUAGAAGGAACCAUGGCGAUGAAGAAUGUUAACGGAGAAGAAUGGCAAGUUAGUUUGCGGGUUGAGAUAUCACAUGAUACGAAAAGGUACUAUUCGGCGACCGGAUGGGGUGCUUUUCAGCGAGAAAAUGGUUUAUCGGAGGGAGAUGAAUGUGUGAUCAAGUUUGUGAGAAGUGAAGGGAAGUUGUUACUAACAAAAAUCACCGAGCAACCACAACCAUUUGGACCGGGGUCAGAGGUUGUGAAAAGGAAGAGGGGCCGCUCGCAAGGCAGCCGCAAGGUGUAA